UCCCACAAAUAUAAAUCUUCUAUUUUGAGUAUCUUAGCGCGAGUAAAGUUAUUACUGGUAAUGGUAGUGUCCUGAGCUCAAUAUCACCACUCGUUGAGUUGCCCUCUUAACUAUGGAGUUAUAACUAACUAAGUGCUAUUCUAAUAAAUCAUAAUAAUAACAUAUAAUAAUAUAUAAUAAUAUAUAAUAAUAAAUGUCGGUCAUCUUAGCGUCGGCGGGAUACGACCAUACUAUCCGGUUUUGGGAUGCAUUGACGGGAGUUUGUUCCCGAACCAUUCAACAUACUGAUUCACAAGUUAAUCGAUUAGAAAUUACUUCCGAUAAACGAUUCUUAGCAGCCGCAGGGAACUUAUAUGUAAGACUUUAUGAUAUACGACAAACAGGUAGUUCUGGUAAUGCCACUGCACAAGCUUCAGCUACUAAUAAUGGUGGAGGUACUAAUGAUAGUCAUGGAAAUCAUAAUAGUAAUAAUAAUAAUCCAGCUAUGACAUUUGAAGGUCAUACAAAUAAUGUGACAUCACUUGCAUUUCAAAUAGAAAAUAAAUGGAUGGUAACAUCUCUGGAAGAUGGGACUGUUAAAGUAUGGGAUGUUCGAUCUCCAUCAGUUCAAAGAUCAUAUAAACAUCAUUCACCAGUUAAUGAAGUAGUUAUUCAUCCAAAUCAAGGAGAAUUAAUAAGUUGUGAUCAAGAUGGAAACAUUCGAAUUUGGGAUUUAGGAGAAAAUCAAUGUACUCAUCAUUUAAUUCCAGAAGAUGAUGUACCAUUAAAUUCAUUAUCAGUUGCCAGUGAUGGUUCAAUGUUAGUAGCCGGAAAUAAUAAGGGUAAUUGUUAUGUAUGGAAAAUGCAAAGUCAACGUGAUAUAACUUCUUUAACUCCCGUAACUAAAUUUAGAUCUCAUCUGAAAUAUAUUACUAGAGUUUUAUUACUGACGGAUAUAAAACAUUUAGCAACUUGUUCGGCUGAUCAUACGGCUCGAAUUUGGUCGACUGAAAAUAAUUUUAAUCUUGAAACCACUCUUCAAGGUCAUCAAAGAUGGGUUUGGGAUUGUGCAUUUAGUGCUGAUAGUGCCUAUUUGGUUACUGCCUGUUCUGAUCAUUAUGUUCGAUUAUGGGAUUUAUCAAAUAGUGAAACUGUAAGACAAUAUAAUGGUCAUCAUAAGGGAGCUGUAUGUGUAGCAUUAAAUGAUGUUUAGAUAAGAGCAGUAACACUAUGAUAUCGGCACAUUUUCUACUAGUAUAAA